UUCAUUGAGCUUUACGCCACCGAGAACUAGUCAAAGCUUUGUACUGUGUGUGUGAAGGUCCUGGUGUACGCAGCUUGAAGCUUUAUUUCUUAUAUUCUUCCUAAAUCAAGCACAUAAAGACAGUAUAAAGUUUAUUGUGUAGUGUAGCUGUAUAUGGACUGCCAAGUGAGGCUAUGAUAAGCUGUGUUUAUUAUGGCAGCACAACCAAACAAUCGAGACGGCAACGCCCAGCGCAAAAUUUUGGAAGAUUUACAGUUGAAGAAGCAGUUGAUUCUAAAACAAGGAGUAUCACAAGCACUUAGUGCACCAGCUACUUCCCAGCAACCCACUGGUUGGUCAUCAGGCACAGACGGACACAUUGCUGGUAACAGUCAGAGAUCUAACCUGCUUCAAGCAACUUCCUCAAGCUUUGGCUACUUUAUCCCACAAGAUUCAUCGUUUGGAAAUUUUAUAUUACCAGUUCUGCCUCGACUAGAACCAAAAUGA